AUGGCUUCUUUGAAUCUAUUUACAGUUGUUAUGUUAGUGGUUUCGUCAUUGAAUUCGAUCUUUCCAUCCAUUUUUUCUCUUGGGUUAAUCAACUCUUCCUUUCCACCACCUUCACCUUCACCUUCACCUUCACCUUCACCCUUACCCUCCUCACCUUCAGCUUCACCUUCUCCUCUUAAAGAUGAUGAUAUUGGUUUUGUAGCACGCCUGAUCCAUCGCACCUUCCCUCAAUCUCCCUUUUACAAUCCUCUUGCAAAUCAGGAAGACUUGAUGGCUAAAGACAUUCACAUUUCACAACAACGCAGUAUGUACUUUAGUCAACUCACCACCAUCACCAAGGGAGAAACAAACAUGAUGGUGAGGGCACCCAUGAUGAGCAACAAUUUCUUAAUGAAAUUUAGCAUUGGUACCCCACCACAGCAAACAUUUGCAGUUCCUGAUACGGGCAAAUCACCCAUAAGCAAAACACCAGACCAGAAGAACACCCCCAAUGCCUUACAGCCCCUAGACAUCCAAUACCCCACUUCACAGCAGCAAUCACCAUGCAACACCCAAAUAAUUCCAGCAACAGGGCAGCUCCUAAUAAGCCCACAGACCUCAAUGCAGACCACACUCCAAAGAACUCCAGACCAAUUCAAUAGCAUCAUCUAUAAUCACCACCUAGCUAGCAGCAACAGUGGCAAAACCUGUGAUGACUAUAUUCUCCACCCAGCUAACGGUAGCAGUGGCAUCACCUAUAAUCACCACCCAGCAAAAGUAAAAGAUUCCUCAGCAAUGAAUCCGGUACUCAGUGUUUUAUCCACAUAG